UAAGACUGAUUCCACGGCGAUCAAUUAAUUUCGGAAUUAACAACGUUUCGUCUUGGGAUAGAAUUAAUCAGACAAACGAUAAAACGGAGACGCAUCCGAAAAGUCUAAUCGUUUUAUCUGGGUGACGCCGUCGGCCUAAAGCCUCGGAGCCUUAAAAUCUCCAAAGGCCUACAGGCGUACGCGCAACCAAGGCUAGAAUAAUUCAUCAUGUCAGACUCUGGUUCAGAAAGUUCCUCCUCAGACGGUUAUGAUGGAAGAAGAAAUCCAGUCACGUCUGUUGACAAUGUCGCAUCGCCGACAUACUCGCAUCACUCAUCUGUGUCGGAUCGCAAGUCUAGAGGAAGUUCUAUUUCUUCAAGAGGAAAGUCCCCAGCAUCUAUAAUAUCUGAAAGGGAUUCAAAAUCACCAGGAUAUACACCAAUAUCGCCUAAGUCUCAAAGAUCUGGGUUAGCAUCUCCUAGCGAAGAAUGUUCUCCCAGAUCUAUACGCAGUUUGUCAAAAUCACCACCUAACACACCGAAGUCGUAUCGUUCAAGAAACAAUUCUUUGGAUUCACCUAGAAGCGAUCGUAGCAUGUCUCAUUCACCUAUACCAGAUGAAAGAUCAUGCCCAUCCACUCCUAAUGACUCUAAAUCUUUGCAUCUCGAAGACACAGAAGCCAAACAGUUUGACCUGGAUAUUGAUGCACAAAGGUCUGGCGAUAAUUCUCCUAAAUCGUAUUCUUAUAAAAAUAGUGAAUCAAGGCAAAGUUCACCAAAAUCUCCAAGGUCUGGACAUAGUUCACCGAAGUCAUUAAUGUCUGGAAGAAGUUCUCCAAAGUCAGGUCCAGCAUCUCCUAUGGAUGAUCAAGAGUCAGACAAACAUUCACCACCUCAUUCCCCACCAACGAAGAGUGGUUCGUUUAAUGAAUUGGAUGGAGAACAAAUUUCGGACGGAGAUAUUGAGGACGAACCCGAGUCGAUAGCUAAGUCGAAGCCUGCACCAAUUACACAUGGUGAAGAUUUAUCAGAUGUUUCUGAUCUAGAGAGUAUGGAUGGAGUCGAUGGCAAUGGUGAACGUGAGUCAGAACUUCAAGAAAAUAAGCAUAACGAAGAGAGGCGUAUAGGAAGCAACGACGAUAAAGUAGAGAAAGAAGAUAAAAAUGCACAGGUUGGAUUAACAGAGGAAAGCGAACAGUUGGACUUUGAAGCGGACGGUCAGUGGAAGGAUGAACGCGAUGACGGAGAAACGGAUGGACCAAUUCUGAAAGAAAACAAAGACGAGAAGGAUGGCAAAGAUAGGGACAGAGAUAAGGAUAAGAUCAGGUUAAAAGAUGGAGGUGAUGGAAAUGACAAGGAAGAAGGGGAAGAAGAUGGAGAGAAAGCGGAGUCUGAAUUAGAAGAAGGCGAGCUGAGCGAUGGCGAUGAUGCUCGCCCAGAAGAAACAGAACCAAGGCCCGUUUGCCGGUUUUAUAACCGCGGUCAAUGUACAUGGGGCGUUAGUUGUCGAUUUUUACAUCCAGGUGUAACAGACAAGGGUAAUUACACCAUGUUCGAUAUGGUGAGACCAAUGGCAUAUCCGCCACAUGCAACCACUCAGCAUGAGUUCAGACCACAUAUCGAUAGGCCAAAUAUGGUGCGACCAUUGCCUGGUUACGGUGCACCGUCACAUACGCCAAAAAUAGAAGAGCUUCCUACCGAAUCUGCAUGGGAACGUGGAUUGCGACACGCUAAAGAAAUGAUGCGCAAAGCGAACAAGCGUAAAGAAUCGGACAUGGACUUCGAAGAGAAGAAAAUGAACUUAAGCUUAGGACAAGAUGAAUUGGACAGAGAAGCAGGUUAUUAUGUAAGAGCUGCUAGCCCAGAACCACCUGUUGAAAGGUGGCCGCCUCGGGAGGCUCCUCGAAGAGUACCACCGCCAAGAAUUACACCUGAACGAUAUGUCGAAGAGCCCGAUCCUUACUAUGCACCGCCGGCAGCACCUCCACCAGAGUAUUACAGGAGAGUACAUUAUAAAGCAGAUUCUCGCGUCGCUGAGUAUCGAGAACGUAUCGAUUACCAUGCAGUACCUCGUGGAACACCCCAUUCUGUUUCUCCACCGCCACACACACGAGAUCGUGAACGAGAAAGGGAACGUGAACGUGAUAGGGAACGAGAGUAUUAUGAGAAAUACGAAAAGAAACAUAAGCGUCCAUCAAGGGAAGUUAUAGUGGAGCGUAUUCCACCGACAAAACCAUGGCGGGAAGAAGAACCACCACCGGUAGAAAGGGGUAGAGGAGAUGAAUGGGCAGAUCCUUGGAUGCGGCGAAAGUCGCCCAGUGCUGUACGACGAAAUACAUCGUCCCGACGUUCACGAAGGCAAUCGUACUCCUCAGGUUCUUCAUACUCGUCGUCAAGUUCUAGCCGUAGCUCGAGCCGUUCUAGCUACAGUUCUUACGACUCCCUAUCCAGGUCCCGUUCACCAUCCCCUCCCUCUAGAACCCGUGGUGCUGGCAAAGGGAAAGCAGUCGUGUCGUCGCCACCCACAAACCCUUCAACUGUCGCAGCUGCUGCGCCACAGCGCGGUGCGAUGCUAAUGAACCCACCUGCCCCUUCUCCUCGUCCACCCAAAGGUUCCAUUUCGCCCACAACCGGAACGUUGCACCGGCGUGCAGGACUCAACCCUCCUGCGCCGAGCCCGCUUUCCUCUCAUCAACGACACCACGAGAAGACGAGGGACAAAGCGGCCAUAGCAGCGGCAGCUGUAGCAAAAGUUAUCAAAAGUCGAUCAAGAUCCAGAUCUUCGCACAGCAGUUCAGGGUCGGAGAGCAGCGGUAGUAGCAGUGAUUCCAGCGAAUCGAGUUACUCGUCCUCUUCCAGCGAGACCCGUCGUAGAAAAGGUUCGACUCCGCCGAUAACACGGAAAGAUUCGAAGGGUAUCGACGCUUUAAAACUGAGCGGCACCAAGCAACAGAUCAAGCUCACAUUGAAGCCGACUAGCAAUGCCACGGCUGUAAAAAAAAUCGAUCGGUCCGGUAUGAUGGCCGGAAAGAAGAGACCGUUAGAAUCGCCGCCUUUGAUCGACAGUAAAGCGAGCGUCGCUGCCGCUGCGGCGAAAGCAGCCAAGAAAGCGAGUUCAAGGCGAGAAGAAUUGUUGAAGCAACUUAAAGCGGUGGAAGACGCAAUCGCUCGUAAGAGAUCAAAGGUCUAAUAACGCGGCUUGUCGCCUCGAAGGUAAAUACGUACCUACACGCGUAAAUAUUUCGUAGAUGUAUCGUGUAAUUAAUUAGCCGCUGUAAACGUAAUGCCGUGAUACGCUGACAAAAGAUCAUAUUGGAAACGGAUGCGUUUCCAAUUACACAGAUUGUUCGAACCGCGAUAUCAACGUUAUAUCUCUUAAUUUUUUUUCUUGUUAGUAAUAUGUAAACAGAUACAAUGUUGAACAAGCCUGUCAUAUUGUACAGUUUCUUCAUCGCUGGAAGUUGAUACCCAUAUGUGUAUUUUCACAUAUAAGAUAUUCUACAUGUACAUGUGAAAACGUCGAGCAUUGAAGGUUUUUUUUUAAGGAUCGAUUAAUUACAACGAUCUGUAGAGAUAGAACGAAAAAAAAAAAGAAAAAGAAAAUAAACUACUGGACUACGUCGUGAAAAAUGCCAAACACACGUAAAUAUAAACGAACGUGUAAUUUAUUUAUGUAUGAACGACGACGGUUUUGUUGAAAUACGCAAACUAUGUAUGAUCAUCACAAAUCUAACAUUUUCUAAGCACGAUAUGCAAGCAAGUUUGGUGAUAUUGAACGACAAUAAGAUG